AUGACCACAUAUUUGAAAACUAGAACGCAUGUACCAGUGUCAUCACCUAAUGAGUUGUACGAUAUUGAUGUUACUGACAUUAAUGAGGACACAGAGGAUAAUGCGGAGAACCAGGCAUACGAAAAUGCUAAGGUACACCCGGCAUUUAUAUGCCUCAUUAAAAGUAGACUCAGUGAUACCGCGAUUGAUGCAAUAGCAUACGAAGAAAGCCUUAAUUCUUGGGACUCCAUUAAGGAUGCUCUUAUACGGAGAUUGCGAGAACCCAGGAAUGAGAUCCAAGUUAUGCAGGAGCUCAGUAGGGUGCGGCGUCAUAAAAACGAGAACGCUGAUAUGCUUGGUAGGCGUCUGCGUGAGUUAUUAGACACUUUGUUUUCCGUAGGCACCCAUUCCAACAAAUCAUACUAUGAAAAAAUGGUUAUAGAACAGUAUACGAACAAUUUAGAGUUCCAAGUAUCGAUAGGGGUGCGAAUAGCACAACCCCUCACUUUAGAAUCAGCCAUAGUCUUAGCUAGGCAAGAGGAAGCUAGACUUGCUUAUAAUAAGACAAAUUACAACAAUAACUUUUAUAACACACCAUCAACAUCGGCUCAGGCAAAGUUUAGGGAACCAAUACGUGCUUUAAAUCAGCCUCAAACCCCUUUAUCACCCAAAUAUAUUAACUCACAAAAUAAUCUAAGUAAUACAACUGUAGUUCCACGUCAGAAUAACCUGACUCCAGAACAAAGGCAGCAAUGGGUACAAUCCAUGUUACCAUGGAAAAACCGUCCAACAACAAAUAACUAUAGACCUACCUCAGGCAACUUUAGAAACAACAUACCACAUCAACAGGUUAGUCCCCCUCAGAAGGUGUCUGAUGUCACAAUGAGAUCUGUAAGUAAACCACAAAAACCACAGUUUGCUGCUGAGGAGCUAUUUUACACAGGCUCACCGGGAGACUACGAGCAACCAAAUCUCGAGGACGAGGAGGACUAUGCCGAUCAGCAAGGUCAGUACCAAGAUUGGGUCAACCAGCAGGAGUAUGAACCUCAAACGGAGGACGGAGAGGCCCAGGCAAAUUUUCUACAAGAAUUUCAAGGUAAGUUCCUCAUAGACACAGGAGCUUCGCGCUCUAUGAUAUCACCCAGUCUAAUACAUAACACAAUUUUCCAACACCUUGUCGAGUACGAACCCUUUGAAGUAAAGACAGCACACGCUACUACACGGCACAAUCAAGUUGCAUAUUUACCACUUCCCCCUGCAUUCAAUAGUGACUUAAUUCAUAAAUUCCUUAUUUUUGAUUUUGACAGGAAAUAUAAAGGCCUUAUAGGGUUAGAUCUACUAAAAACACUAUCUUGUAAUAUUGAUAUUGAAAAUAGGCUUUUACAUACCGCCAACUCAAGUAUUCCUAUUGCGUUCGAUUACCCAAGUAAGAAAAUAACAAUAGAGCCAAGAUGCGAAAAAAUUAUAUUAGUAAAAACCAAUUAUGCAGACGGUCAGUACAUUCAAGAUGAGUUCAUAUGGUGUAACGGCUUAAAAUCCCCCACCGCAAUAGUCGAAGUAAGAGAAGGUCAAUUUAGAACAUCUGUUAUUAACUUUAAUUCCGAGAAAAGAAUAAUAGCCAACAAUGAAAAGUUUGUUUUAGAACCAUACUUUGAGUAUACAGAGGUUUGUAAUUUAAAUCAUAUACAGGGAAGUUCAGACAUAGAUAAAGAGUUAUGUGACAACUUAGGCAAAAUUAGAACGGAACAUAUGAACGAAGAAGAGCAACGCGAGAUAAAUAGGAUUUGCUACCUUUAUAGAGACAUUUUCUACUCAGAAAACAUUCCACUUUCCUUCACACAUACUGUUAAACAUCAGCUAAGAUUGACAGACCAGACUCCAAUUUUUGUUAGAAGUUAUAGGCAACCCCCUCAGGAACGCAAAGAAAUACAAAAUCAAGUAGAUAACCUUUUAAAACAGGGUAUUAUUCGUGAAAGUAUAUCUCCAUGGUCAUGUCCUGUACAUAUCGUCCCGAAGAAACCAGACGCAUCAGGAAAAGUAAAAUGGAGGUUAGUCAUUGACUAUAGAAGGCUAAACGAUCGAAUAGUAGAAGACAAGUACCCGUUACCUAAUAUAUAUGACAUACUAGACAGACUAGGACGCGCGCAAUAUUUUACAACACUUGAUUUAGCAAGCGGUUAUCAUCAGGUGGAAAUGCACCCCGAUGAUAUAGAAAAAACUGCUUUUACCACCGAGAGAGGACACUACGAAUUUCUUAGGAUGCCAUUUGGUUUAAAGAAUGCACCUAGUACUUUCCAGAGACUUAUGGAUCACAUCCUUAGAGGUAUAGAUAACGUGUUCACUUACUUAGAUGACGUCAAACCUAAACCGAUGACCUUAUGUCUUAAGAAAAAGAGCAAAGUAAUACACUCCCCGGAAUUUUUAGAAUGUUUCAAUAAAUGCAAACAAAUUUUGACCAAUGCACCUAUUUUACAGUAUCCAAAUUUUGACGAGUCUUUUAUAUUAACAACAGAUGCGUCAGACGUAGCCCUUGGUGCAGUAUUGUCUCAAGGAAAAGUAGGCUCAGAUAAGCCAGUGGCAUACGCAUCAAGAACUCUUUCCGAUACAGAAGCCCGAUAUUCCACCAUAGAAAAAGAACUUUUAGCCAUCGUCUGGGCAAUGAAGUACUUUAGACCGUAUCUUUACGGGCGAAAGUUUGUAAUAUAUACCGACCAUAGGCCUUUAACGUGGCUUAUGUCACUAAAAGACCCCAAUUCUAAAUUGACUAGGUGGAGACUUAAACUGGCUGAGUACGAUUACACGGUUGUAUAUAAAAAGGGUCGACAAAAUACAAAUGCCCUCUCGCGAGUUAAAAUUUACCAUAAAAGAGUAGAUUCACUUGCACUAAACUUAGACGACAAUGACGAUGACGAUAUUAUAAAUAGAAUAUUUGACAACGUUCGCCAGGGAGCAGUACAGGAUAACGUACCUGCGGAUAAUAAUGACAGUAAUAGCGAUAAUAAUAGCACUAACGACAAUAACGUGACAGUUAGACCUAACAUAUUACAUAACCCAGACACUGAAUCUGACAGUAUGAGCGUCGUGUCACUGGACCCUGAUAAUUUAGUUUCAACAAACCAUACCCAGCCUGAUAACGAAAAUAACGGAAUACCAAUCUUAUCAGAUGCUAUAGACAGACAAUUAAAGCAAUUUCAUAUUAGGUCAACCCCAGGUUCCACAUAUAGAGUAGAAAAUAGGUCAACUAACUCUAGAACGGUAAUUAAAGAUGUCUUUAUUCCAGUGAAUAACACAGAGAAAGAAAUAGUUCAAUUCUUAAAAGAACAUACUAUUGCCGAUCGUGUAUUUUACUGCUACUUCUAUAACGAAGAGUUAUAUUUAGCAUUUUCUAAAGUUUACACAACAAUUUUUAAUGAGAGAGGUCCUAAGCUCUUCAGAUGCAAAUCACGCGUUACCUUAGUUGAAAACAAGACGGAACAACAAGAAAUAAUUAAGAAAUAUCAUGAGGGUAAAACAGUGCAUCGUGGUAUACAAGAAACGUAUAAGCAAAUACACAAAAACUACCACUGGUCCCACAUGUUGCUUACCAUCCAGGCAUUUAUAAAUAAGUGUAGCAUCUGUUUACAAGCAAAAUAUGAAAGAAACCCCCUUAGACCCUCGUUAGCCCUAACGGAAACACCCACUAAACCUAUGCAACAUAUUUUUAUGGAUUUAUAUUCUACAGGUGGAGCUACCUUCCUUACUAUUAUAGAUAAUUUUUCAAAAUUCGCACAAGCAAUCCCAUUAAACGCAACUAGUAGUGUACAUAUAGCUGAUGCCCUAUUUCAGGUUUUCUCAAUUUUAGGUACCCCAUUUAAAAUUACUACAGACUCUGAUAGCAAGUUUGAUAAUGAGGUAAUAAAAGAGAUGUGCGCUUUACAUGAUAUCAACAUUCACUUUACAACGCCGUAUAAUCCGAAUUCAAAUUCACCCGUAGAACGCUUUCAUUCAACUAUAGGAGAAAUUAUUAGAAUCCAACGAAUGACUAACAAGGACGACCCUAUACAAUUAAUUAUGAAGUUUUCCAUCAUAGCUUACAACAACUCUAUUCAUUCUGCAACGGAAUAUACCCCACACGAGCUACUCUUCGGACAUACAGCAUCCAGAAACCCACUAGAGUUACAUUACCCUAAGCAAUUUUACCAGGAUUAUGUUAUCAAACACAAAAUGCAAGCCGAAGCUGUACAAGAAUGCGUUACGGCGCACAUGGCGAAAAACAAGGAGCAGGUAAUAGCGAAGCGGAACCAGGCAGCAGAAGAAAUAACAUUCAAGGUAGGUGAAACAGUUUACAAACAGGUGGCCAAAACAGCGAGAAACGACAAAACCAAACCGGUUUUCAAAGGACCCUAUAAAAUCAUCCAUUUUCAUCCAAACAGUGUAGCAGAAAUUAUAGGAAAUCACCCUAAUUCUAAGUCGAUCCGGGUUCACUUCAAACUUCUACGAAGGCCUCAUCUUGUUCCAGGACAAUCAUCCUCGGAGCCUUCGUGUUCCAGGAUAGAAAGGUCUAUCAGCGUUAAAGCUUAUAGUACAGAACAUUCGCUAACAUUUAUACUAGAAAUCCCGUCCAUUCAACCCACUACAUAUGAUUAUAUACAUAUCUACUCCCUACCCAACAACCGUAACCUUACCAUUAUACCAAAAUCCAAAUUCCUUGCACUUGGAAGCGAUGAGUACGCUUAUCUAGAAGAAAACUGCAAGAAGAUAGCUGAAGACACCCAGCUCUGCAAAGCAUUAGACACGAGAUCAAUAGAGAAGUCAGAAGAUUGCAUCAUUUCACUCAUUAAACAGAAACCUGGUAACUGUACUCAUGCUCGUAUACACCUGAAACGAGGAAAACUACAGAAGAUUCAAGAAAAUACAUGGCUUAUAGUAUCAAAUGAACCGGAAGUUGUGAAAACGCAGUGCGGCCAGAAAACCGAAUAUAAAAAAUUAGCAGGAACAUUCCUCGCCAACCUAACAGAGGACUGUCAAAUUAAUAUUAUGAACAGAACAAUAAGAACACACACCACUAGUACCACCAUCAAUGAAAUAAUCCCAUUACCUAACGAAUACCUCAUACCACAGAAAGAAGCCCAAUACGAGAUUCAUCUUGAAGACGUCUCAUUGGAUAGUGUCCAUGAACUGAUAAACAAAGCUGAAGACAUUGAAGUCGAACCUGUCAACUGGACCUAUAUGAUGGCAAUCCCCAGUUGGCCCACAUUGCUCCUCUACACAUUCGUAAUAUCCGCAAUAAGCUGGAGAAUAUACAGUUUCAAGAAACAUACAGCGGUAGCAAGUCGCGAGGACGCUCCUGGAAGCUCUAGGACUAGCUUCCAUCUUAAGGAGGGAGGAGUUACCAUGCCGUAA